AUGGGAACAGCUCGAGCUUACGGGGAAGCUGGUGUCGUAGACGGAAAGAUCUAUGUGUUUGGAGGCUGUGAUGAUGUACAUGAUAACUACUAUGGAGAGGUAUUCCACCCGAAGACUCGGACUUGGAAUCCUUUUCCGCCUAUGCCGAAACGGAAGGGAGGUAAGAAGCUUAUCCACGAAAGUAUGGUGAUAGAUCAAAAGGUUUACGCAGUAGAUGAAGCUGAAAGAACCUUUUACUACUCGCCGAGGGAAGGUAAAUGGGGAACAGGGAAUCGUGGGGAACAGAAAGGAAACCGAAGGGAAGGGAUUGGUGCAUGA